UAUAUAUUAUUAAUUAUUAUUAACACACAGAUUGCCUCAACAACAAAAACUUUUCUCACUUUCUCUUCGUGUCUUCUUCUCUUUCAUUACCUUUUUAGCUCUUGCUUCCAAUUGGAGUUCAUGCAGAUCCACAAGAUUUUUGUGCUCUUCCUUGCUCUGUCCUCUCUCAUCUAUCCUCUUUCAGCCUCAUCUCGUAAUAGACAUGUUAAGGAAAUUGGCCGUGAAGAUAAAGCACAUCAAGCUGAGGCUUUGAUGGAAGAAAGUGAGAUGGUGCCAAUUCUGGGAGCAGGGGAAGAGUUUGGGUUAAUAUCGAAGGGAAGGGGAAGAAUGGAUAUAGAGAUAAAUGAUUAUCAAUUAGCCGGUCCAAACGAGAGACAUAGCUAUUCUCCUCCUGGUGGUAACUGAGUGAUUAUGUAUACUAAAACCACACCGGAACGGUUGGAUCGCGGAAUCAGUUGGAGUAUUGGUCCGGUUCCAAUUGAGCCGACGAGUUGGACUCUCUUUAUAGCUCAAAGUGACAAUUUUAUGGGAUGCUCAUAGUGAAGAUACUCUUUUUAGUUUGUGUGUUUGUUUGUUCUCUAGUAGGGACUUGUAAGGUAAACAGCUAAAAAUGUUACAUCUAAAUGUGUUUAUUGGUGAUUAAUAUUGAACCCGUAACCAGGACUAAUUAGUCACGGAUACAAAAUCCCUGACAAUUGUUUUGUGAGGGUGCUGGAGCCAGGGAUAAUAUCUCUGACAAAAUUCCUCACAAAAGCAUUUGUCAAGAAUUUUUUAUACUGCGAUCCCUUACAAAAUCUGUGACUAUUUCAAUGUGUUUUAUAUUGUAAUGCCCUUGAUAAGGAUUCUUUUCCGAUCCUCAUGUGUAUGGGAUCAUAUCAGUCCAAUCAAUAAUAUCUAACUUGUAAUGCCUG